CGUCUGAAGCGCUCCCUCUCCUUUAAGACCCUGAUGCGCAGUAAGAGUGUAGAGAACUUCUUCCAGAGGUCCUGCAGUGACGCUCGUCUCCCCCCAGACUUCAUCACCGACCCGCCGCCCCCCUCCCCGCCCCCUGGCUCUCCCCUCGCCAGUGAAUGCUCACCCUCCCUCUCUCCGUCACUCAGCCCCAACCCCUCCCCCUGCUCCCACUCCCCGUCUCUAAGCCCCUCCCCCUCGCUGUCUUCCAAGGCCCCGCCCCCAACCCGCCCACUGACGCAGGUGAACCACUGCUUCCAGGAGCACGUUUUCCGCAAGCCCACCCACUGCCAGCUCUGCAAGCACCUGAUCGUGGGUAACUCUAAACAGGGUCUUCGGUGUAAAACCUGUAAGAUGGGUGCUCACCUGUGGUGCACCUCAGAGUUGUCCCAGCAGCCCUGCAAUGGAAAGUCUGGGGUCGGGGCCUUCAAGCGGAACUUCAGCUCUCCCAUGCUGGUCAACGAACAGCUGGCUGUCGUCAAAGAGGUGCAGCCCACCCAGGGGGCAGGCCGGGGGCGUGGGGUGGACCCUAUUUACGCAGCCCUGCGCUAUGGGACAUCCCUGGCACAGAUGAGCCGCUCCAGUUUUGGGAGUGUGUCCGAGUCGCCCACGCACAGCCAGGGUGAAGGAGGAGAGGAGGGGGAGCAGAGGCAGUACAGCAUAGAAGAGGAGAUGCCACAGGAGACAGGGGAUCUGCCUCCGUGUGAAAACGAGAAGGCUGAACCUGAGGGUGGGGGCAGCGAGCAGCUCCAGGAGCCUGUAGAGGAAACCAGUGUGAAGGUUCCCAAGCGUAUUGAGGUUCACUCGAUCCACACGUAUGUAGCGCUCUACAAGUUCCUGCCUCAGGAGCACAACGACCUCGGACUGGAGCCUGGUGAUCGGGUGCUGGUCACUGAUGAUUCUAAUGAAGAGUGGUGGAAGGGAAAGAGUGGAGACAAGGUGGGCUUCUUCCCUGCUAACUUCGUUCAGAGGGUGCGCCCAGGGGAGAGGGUGUGGAAGGUCACCCAGCCUGUCCUUGCCAGCCGAGGGAUGGGCCACAUGCCAGUGAAGGAGGAUCAGAUCUGUGUGGGGAAGAGUGAGGACAGUGAGGGUUUCCUGAAGCUGAGCAGUGGGAAGAAGAGAGGACUGGUCCCUGCUGAAUCCAUUGAGGAGAUCUAA